AAUUAAUCUCACUUAAACGCUAAUGCUAACUUUUGUAACAAUGACGUGUGCGUUUAUUUCCGUCGAAUUCGUCUUUUUCCAGUUGUUCGCAAAUUUCCAAUUGGUUUGUUUAUAAAACUGUAUAUCAAUCAUUUCAUAUAGUACGUGACUGAUGCAACUAAUUUCUAUUGAAAAACUGUUUAAAGUAUACACCAAUUUGAAAUAAUAGAGCUUGAAAAGUCCCACGACACAGCAAUUUCGGCGGACAUUGACAUUGACUUUGUUAUACACGUGCGCAUGUAUCAAUCACUAGCAUACAAUAUCCGUGAGUAACGCGAUGCAUUAAUGCCUCAGCGGUAUUGUUUGUUCCACUCCUGCUGUUCGUGCUACGUAAAAAUGUAUGCUUAACUCAGUAUUUUUCGCAAGUGAUCAAUUCACACGUACUAUAAUCAAUGACCUCUUCUAACUCAUCUAUUCGCUUAUUCCUCAAAGAUUUGAAAAAGUUUACUACACAGCGAUGAAUACAUCUUUUUUUAAAAUUGUGCUCAUUAUUGAAGAAAACCUCAUGGUGAUUCAUUUUCGAUUACCAUGGCUCAGUGUGAAAAGCCAAGAGUGGAUAAAAAAAAUUGCAGCGCGCAGCAAACAUAUCCAUUGGAGGCAUGCAAUCCGAUGCAAGCUAAUCUAAGCUCUUUUGGCGUUCGCUCGCAUUAUCCCCGUCGGUGUUAACGUUUAUGAAUACAGCGGCGCGUCGGUGCUUGGCACGUGCAGGGCGCUGCAGUUGCGCAAAGUUUAAUCGAGCUCUCACCCUGGGCGUGCUAUCGUAACGGUCAUUAUCAUUACCAUUAUCGAGGCUUUCCUCCUCGCACGCAGCACGCAGCACGCAGCACGCACGCACGCACGCACGCACGCACGCGACAGUUCUUUGAACUUGCGCUCGCGCAUAAAAUCCCGAUCGCCCGUGCACAAAUGCGUCUGCUCCGCGGAUAAAUAAUUAAUGAGGCUCUCCACUUUUGACCCGAGAGCGCUCCGCGAACUUCCUGCUUCUGGCCCGCGCUUCUUCGCUCGUUUUUUCCAGUCAGUGACAAGGUGGCGAUCGCCGACGACGAAAAGAGUCGUCGCCUUACCCAACCCACGAACAUAAAGCUUCGCGCUGGCGUGGCAACUGUCGCGGGCGCUCGCCACGCUCACAAUCGUCGUCAUUGUCGUUGCUUGCAUACUGUUGCUGAAAGACCAUUUUCUCGGUGGCUGCAAGGCGCUGUUCGUGGAGCCUCUCGGAACGCUGACACGCAGACCUGUUUGAUUUCUCUUUGCUUUUCGGUUUUUCAAAGUGAUGAGCGUCGAAAAAAUGGAUUCGUCGGGGCCAAUAGCAUCGUUCUUUGCUGGGCGGAGUAUCUUCGUAACUGGGGCUACGGGUUUCAUGGGUAAAGUGCUGAUCGAGAAGCUCCUCUGGUCUUGUCCCGACGUCAAAGAAAUCUUUCUCUUGAUGCGUCCCAAGAAGAACAUUCCUAUCGACGACAGAUUGAGAAAAAUACUGACUUUGCCGCUAUUCGAUAGGAUACGUGAGCAUCGGCCAGAGAAUUUGAAUAAACUAAUCCCAGUAAGCGGUGAUGUGAAAACCGAAGGUUUAGGCUUACCUCCGGUAGAGCGACAAUUCCUCAUCAACAAAGUGUCAAUUAUAUUUCACGUAGCCGCCAGUGUACGCUUUGAUGACCCGCUACGUGAGGCUGUAUUUAUUAAUACCAGGUCCACCAGAGAUGUCUGCAUACUUGCUGCGAACAUGAAAAAGUUGGUGUCUUUGAUGCACGUGAGUUCGACAUAUAGUCACACGGACAAAUACGAAGUUGAGGAGAAGCUCUACCCUUACGAUGUCAACUGGAAAAGGGUCAUUAAAAUUGCUGAAAUUAUCGACGAUCAUACUCUGAGAAUUCUAACGCCCAAAUUCAUGGAAGGAUUUCCAAACACAUAUACCUUUACAAAACGACUGGCUGAGUGUGUAGUCACCGACUACGCCGGUAUAUUACCAAUCGUGGUAUUCAGACCAUCUAUAGUUAUCUCAUCACUGGAAGAGCCAGUACCAGGCUGGCUGGACAACUUCAAUGGGCCAGUAGGUUUGAUGGUUGGUGGCGGCAAGGGUGUCUUAAGGGUAGCUUACCUGUCGUCCCAUAGUUCUGCUGAUUUCAUGCCAGUCGACGUGGCUAUCAAAGCGAUGAUUGUCAGCACUUGGAAGCGCGGCACUGCUACGAUCACAAAAGAGCCAGAAAUUCACGUUUAUAAUUGUUCCUCGGCUGAUCUUAAAAGUAUUAGCAUGGCCGAAAUUGCAGAGAUGGGAAUUCGCUUGACCGAGAAAAUUCCACUAGAGAAUAUUAUUUGGAAACCAUCAGCUACUGUCACUUCAGUUAAAUUCAUCUACUACUUGCUUACCCUUAUACUUCAUUUGCUACCCGCCUACGUCAUCGACUUCAUUCUCAAAAUGGCAGGCAAGAAACCUAUGUUGGUGAAACUGCAACGCAAAGUUUACGUGGCUAACAGUGCUCUCGAGUACUUUUUGACGAACGAGUGGAAGUUCAAGAAUGAGAAAAUGUUCGAUCUCGUGACAAAUCUGCCGCCCGACGACGCCGCCGCCUUUGGCUUCGAAUUGGCUACCUUCGAUAUACACAAAUAUUUUGAGAACUGCAUAAUCGGCGCGAAAAAGUACUUACUCAAGGAAGACAUGAGGAGGCUGCCGGAAGCCAGGGUGCACUACGAUCGGAUCUAUUGUAUUGAUAUAGUCUUCAAGAUCUGGUUGUCGGUGAUCAUCGUGUGGGGAUUAAUGCAUUACGGAUUCGUUGCUUACGAGGCGCGAUUGUACCGAUCGAUUGUUGAGCUGUUCACUGCAUAAUUAUCGUUGUCGACAUCUUCUUCUUCUCGUACGCAUUUCAUUUACGUCACAUGUAAUAUGCAAGGUCCUUUCGCGUGCGCAGGAAUCCCGCGCGACCAGGCUAUUUAUAACCAUAAUGUAUACACGUCCUACGUCAAUGAGAAGGUGCGGUGAAUGUAUUUUGAGAAACCCCACGAAUGCCUUGGUUUUCAGUCAUUUUUUCCCGAUUUUACUGGAAUCACCGUGGCCGCAACUUGCGUAGGAAUCAUACAAGCAAUCUGCUGAUUUCUUUCUAUAUUUCUUCGGUUCUUUCCAUGCGAUUUGUACGACUCUCCUGAGAAUUUCACAUAUUUUUUCUUUGUUAUGUGUAUUUCUGUAUAAAAAUUA